AUGUCUACAACAAAUGUCGCCGCUAAAUUUGUUAACUUACAUGAUUAUCAAGAACAGUCAAGAGAAAAGCAUAAAUCACAGAAUAAUUUUGUUGAAACAGGUAGCAAUAGUUCAAUUCCAAAUGAUUCCACUAACUCAAUUGACCAUACUGAAUAUUACACCGUAAAACAUAGUUCUCCUAUAUAUCCAAGCACAUCGGGCGAAGUGUAUGAUCGGCGUCAGAGGCUGAGAAAUAUAUAUUCUGCGAAACGUUCAGCUCCAACAACAUCAAGCAAGUAUUGUCUUGCUGUUAAACCGUCAUCCUUUCCUCUCCUACCAGUAAAAUUGUUGGAAAAACGACCGCUCCAUGUAUCAUCGCAAUUCUAUCGGGGUAGAACGCCUCAAGGGGAAUUAAUCGAUAAUUUACGAGAAGAGCUUUACGGAAUUAAACGAAACUAUGCUGCUAUGUUAAGAGAAAAUAUAAUAUUAAAAACGCGUUUGAAACGUUCAAGUAACGAAAUAGUAAGGAAAGAUCGUCAAUUACAAAAUUUGUUGAUCAUUCAGUCUAAAGGGUACGCAUCCAAUGACCAUCGAGGAAAUGUGCUAGCAAUGAAGCAAAAAAUUGUAAUGUUGGAAUCGCUUUUGAAAGAAAAGACCAACGAAAUAAGUCGACUGAAACAUGAUCGUGAAGCAAUGAGGAUACCAGAUUAUCAGGAACAUAUCGCAGAUCUCGAAGUACAAUGCAAGCAUUGUCUCACCUACGUUACUCCUCCGCCAAGCAAAAUGCGAGCUGAUGUACACAGUUUACCAAAACGACAAAGACUAGUAUCUGGAAACAAUAAUACGAGAAAAUUGAAAGAAGCGGUUAGCCUUCUGGAGAAAGAAAAUGAUAAGAUGCGUUCAAAACUACAAAUUUUCUUUAACUGCUCAGGUUGUUCUCCCAACGAGGCUAUUCUGGAUUUUUGUUUUUCGAGAAAUCAAGAACGGAAUGAUUUAGAAUCCAUACUUGGGAAGCUUUCUGUAAGACAAAUAGAAUUAUCUAUAUUUGAACGGGAAGAACUUAUUGCGCUGAUCAUUCAUCAGAGAAAUGAACUGAGAAAGAAAGAAAGCUGGAAAAACUGUAAUGGCAAGAAUGGACGAUCCAGACAGAAAGAUACUUCACUGGUGUGCAACCAAAAAUUAUUGCCAGUGAAGCAGAAAUUCGGGAAACCUACAAAUCGGUUGAGAACUAAGAAUAAACUGACAGCAAUGAAUAAUGGAACUCAAGGAGAGGUAAGAGCAGAAAUAAUAAAAAUUCCUUCUGAUGAUGAAGGAGAACGAACAAUGAUGAGUAAGGAGAAAAUGACAGAAUCACUAAAAGUUGCGACACCGGUCGAAGAAUUGGAACUUAAUGCUGAUGAUUGGGAAAGUGACGAUAGCUACGCAAGUACACUACACGGAAUAGCUGUUGAUGCAAAAACGGAAAAUGUAACUAAAAUGCGCUUCACUCAGUCUUCAUUCAGAGGAACGGAAAGUAUAUCGAGACAAGCAGAAGAAAGUGAAAUAACUAUACGAAAACAAGAAGUAAUGAAAACUCAAACGGAACAUGUAUCUCAAAGAAACUGGAAAAAAUAUAAAGAGAGAGAAAAUCGAGCUGAUGAACAUCCAGUUGUUGACACCAGGACAGAACGAUCCACAUUUGAGGAUAAUCAAAACAAAUGUGAAGAAAUAUCCGAUGAUAUUGCAAAUAACCAAUUCAUAAAACGGGAUUCAAAUGAUUGUACCGAAGUUCAAGAACCAACUGAAGAAUCUUCAAGUGAUGCGCAACAAAAUCUGGUGAAGAAAAUAGAAACACAAGAGGAUGAAAUAAAAGUCAAAAAUGCAGAAAGAGUAGAAUUGAAAAAAGAUGAGGUCAUGCCUAAUUUCGUUUUCCAAUCAAUAUUACGAAUGACAUCGGCUCAUCUGAAACGUUUAGAACUUUUGAUCGCUAAAACAAACUCCUAUUCAUCGUCUCCAUGA